GAGAAACAAAAAACUAACCCUCUUUUGUUCUUGGGUUGUUUCUUCUUUUCUUCUCUCAAUGGCUCCUAUUUUGAAAAAUGGCAAUUCCAACUUUGUCGUUUCAUUCGAUGGCUUGAACGACUUGUCGUCUCCAUUCUCGAUCGAGGGGUCGAAUUUCACCGUUAAUGGCCAUACCUUCUUGUCGGAUGUGCCUGAGAAUAUUGUUGCUUCUCCGUCUCCGUACACUACGAUCGAUAAGUCCCCGGUUUCAAUUGGUUGCUUUGUAGGAUUCGACGUGUUGGACCCUGAUAGUCGACAUGUCGUUUCGAUUGGUAAGCUGAAGGAUAUUAAGUUUAUGAGUAUUUUCAGGUUUAAGGUAUGGUGGACUACUCAUUGGGUUGGUCGGAAUGGUGGUGACCUUGAGUCGGAGACUCAAAUUGUGAUCCUUGAGAAGUCGGAUUCCGGUCGACCGUAUGUUCUCCUUCUUCCCCUCGUUGAGGGGCCGUUUCGAUCAUCGAUUCAGCCCGGGGAGGAUGACUUUGUUGACGUUUGUGUCGAGAGUGGAUCAUCCAAAGUGGUGGACUCGUCAUUUCGAAGCGUGUUGUACCUUCAUGCUGGUGAUGAUCCGUUUGUACUUGUUAAGGAGGCGAUGAAGAUCGUUAGGACCCAUCUCGGAACUUUCCGCUUGUUGGAGGAGAAGACUCCACCAGGUAUCGUUGACAAAUUUGGGUGGUGCACGUGGGAUGCUUUCUACCUAACGGUUCACCCACAGGGCAUAAUGGAAGGUGUGAAACAUCUCGUUGAUGGCGGUUGCCCUCCCGGCCUAGUCCUUAUCGAUGAUGGUUGGCAGUCGAUCGGCCACGACGCUGAUCCCAUCACCAAAGAAGGAAUGAACCAAACCGUUGCUGGCGAGCAAAUGCCCUGUCGCCUUCUAAAAUUCCAAGAGAAUUACAAAUUCCGUGACUAUGUCAACCCGAAGAGCUCCAGUGCUGUCUCCGGCCAGAAGGGGAUGAAGGCAUUCAUUGAUGAACUCAAAGGGGAGUACAAGACGGUAGAGUAUGUGUAUGUGUGGCAUGCUUUGUGUGGAUACUGGGGUGGCCUCCGACCGGACGUGCCAGGAUUACCGGAGGCUAACGUGAUCCAACCGGUCCUCUCGCCGGGCCUGCAACAGACGAUGGAAGAUUUGGCCGUCGAUAAGAUUGUUUGUCAUAAGGUCGGGAUGGUCCCACCGGAGAAGGCGGAGGAGAUGUACGAGGGACUCCAUGCUCAUUUGGAGAAUGUCGGGAUUGAUGGCGUUAAGAUCGACGUCAUUCAUUUGUUGGAGAUGCUAUGCGAGGACUAUGGUGGUAGAGUGGAUUUGGCAAAGGCAUAUUACAAAGCCAUGUCCAAAUCAAUAAAGAAACAUUUCAAAGGGAACGGAGUGAUUGCGAGUAUGGAACAUUGUAACGACUUCAUGUUCCUCGGCACGGAAGCUAUUUCUCUCGGUCGUGUUGGUGAUGACUUUUGGUGUACCGACCCUUCUGGUGAUCCGAACGGUACGUUUUGGCUUCAAGGAUGCCACAUGGUACACUGUGCCUUCAACAGUCUGUGGAUGGGCAACUUCAUCCACCCCGAUUGGGAUAUGUUCCAAUCUACCCACCCUUGUGCUGCCUUCCAUGCUGCCUCUCGAGCUAUCUCUGGUGGCCCGAUCUAUGUCAGUGACUUUGUUGGGAAGCACAACUUUGAGCUCCUUAAAAAAUUGGUUCUCCCUGAUGGUUCGAUCCUUCGAAGUGAGUACUAUGCUCUCCCGACUCGUGAUUGUCUCUUUGAUGAUCCUUUGCACGACGGAGAAACUAUGCUCAAGAUAUGGAACCUUAACAAGUUCACUGGUGUGAUCGGAGCAUUCAACUGUCAAGGAGGAGGAUGGUGUCGUGAGACGCGACGCAAUCAGUGCUUCUCUCAAUACUCGAAACGAGUGACCUCAAAAACUAAUGCAAAAGACAUCGAAUGGAAUAGCGGAGAAAAUCCAAUCUCUAUCGAGGGUGUGAAAACGUUUGCGUUGUACCUAUACCAAGCUAAAAAACUAAUCCUUGCCAAGCCCACCCAAAACAUUGAUAUUGCCCUCGAUCCCUUUGACUUCGAGCUUAUCUUUGUCUCUCCAGUCACCACACUCGUCGAAACGGCUGUCCAGUUCGCCCCAAUUGGGCUCGUUAAUAUGCUGAACAUUGGUGGUGCCAUCCAGUCUGUGUACUAUGAUGAUGACCUAAGCUCAGUCGAAAUUGGCAUCAAAGGUACUGGUGAGAUGCGAGUGUAUGCGUCUGACAAACCUAGGGCUUGUCGGAUUGACGGUGAGGAUGUUGGGUUCAAGUACCAAGACCAAAUGGUGGCGGUCCAAGUGCCAUGGCCCGGUUCUUCUGGCAUUUCAACUAUCGAGUACUUAUUUUAAUUUAUUCAGAGCUUGCUCGAUGUUGUUAUUGUUGUUAUUUUUAUUAUCUGUAUUUCUCUCCGAAAGAAAAUUUCGUAUAAUUUGGAGAGUAAGUGAAUGAGUUUUUAAAUAAGACCACUUUUUCAAUCU